AUAGCUUUGAGGGGCUUCUGGGAAAUAAGCAUGGCGACAUCUGGCGUGAGGUUUGCGGUAGGAAGGCUGUUUAAAUUGACAAGGGGGCUUGGGCGCCCAAGUCGAGUUUACAGCACCUCCCAGAGUUUUGCUGAGGUGCUACGGCUGCCGAAGAGACAGCUGACGAAGCUAGUGUACCCACUGCAGGAAUUGGAACAGUACCUCGUCCCGGACACGAGGCCUGACCUGCAUCUAAGGAUCUUCGACCCUAGUUUAGAGGACAUCGCGAGAGCGGAGAAUUUCUUCGCUGCCACCACCACUAACCGCAUCGAGUACCUCAGCUCUGCUGUCCGUCUCAGCCACGCCCCGGAGCUCCCUAGGCCUGAGGUGUGUUUUAUAGGCAGAAGCAAUGUUGGAAAAUCCUCGUUAAUAAAGGCUUUAUUUUCACUAGCCCCAGAGGUUGAAGUCAGAGUCUCCAGAAAACCGGGGCACACAAAGAAAAUGAAUUUUUUCAAAGUUGGAAAAUGUUUCAUAUUGGUGGAUAUGCCUGGUUAUGGCUAUAGAGCACCUGAAGAUUUUGUUGAUAUGGUAGAGACCUAUCUAAAAGAACGGAGGAAUUUGAAAAGAACAUUUUUACUAGUGGAUAGUGUUGUUGGAAUUACAGAAAAUGACAAAAUUGCUGUAGAAAUGUGUGAAGAAUUUUCAUUACCAUAUGUGAUGGUAUUAACAAAAAUUGAUAAAUCUUCCAAAGGACAUCUUUUAAAACAAAUACUUCAGAUCCAAAAAUUUGUUAAUACAAAAACACAAGGAUGUUUUCCUCAGUUAUUUCCUGUAAGUACUGUGACCUAUUCUGGAAUCCAUCUGCUGAAAUGUUUUAUAGUAAAUGUAACAGGAAAUUUUAAUGGUUCCCACUUUAAAUGAAGUUUCAAAAUUCUUUGAGCCAACUCGAGUUAAACACUUGGAAGAAUUUCAGUAUUAUUUUAAAUGCUGUGCUUCUAAAAUUUGCACAAGGAUCACUUCAGCUUUAAGACCUGCAUCUUCCCAAAGCAAGAUGAAUUUAUGCCUGGGCAGCAGGAGAGUAUAAGUAACUGAAUUAUGCUGUUCAUUGUAACAGAUACUAGCUGGUUUUCCUGUUGCAGUAAACUGACAAGAGCAUAUAGAAACAUAAAACAAAACCUGUUACUACUAUGUAGAGAAAGGUUUGCCAUGUUAUUUAUAGGUCUUUUGAAAAUGUCUAUCAUGUAUUUUUUAAGAUAUUAAAAUAGACCAAAAGCAGCUAUUUUUCUGUUGAUAGGUAAACUGAAGAAUAAAAGCUCAUAUAUAUGCCUGUAAUU